AUGCGAUAUUUCAAUGGAUGUGUUUAUGCUGCUAGUCUUCGUAAAGAAAAUGAAGAUAUAAUAACUUCUACUGAUCAAGAAUUAUGUAAACUUCAAAGUUUUUCUAAACAAGAUUUAAAAAAUAUUGAAAAGAUGGCAAAAGAUAGAAAUAGCCAAAAAUUACAUAAAAGAGAACAAAUUGAAAGCCGUAAUAAAAAAAGAACUAUUGAAUAUGAAACCAAACGCAAUGAUCUUCAGCUUUUUAAUUUAUCUCAAGAGUUGAUUCCAUAUGGAAAAAAAGCACAAAAAAGCAUGAUUCGAGAGGAAUUUUGGCCAACAUUUGCAAAAUUUAUAAAAGAUUUUGAUACAAAAACUAAGUGUUUUGACCAAAUUCCGGAUAAAAAUUAUCUUACAAAAUUAGAAAACAAUUUAUCUUUUAAUUUAGAUCAAACACUAAAUUAUAUUUUAUAUAAUAUUUUUGGAUUUGAAACUUUUCGUAUAGGACAAAAAGAGGCAGUUAUUUCUUUUAUACAAAAAAACAAUACAUUAGUAUUAAUGCCAACUGGUGCGAAUAAAACUUUUUGUUAUAUAGCUGCAGCAUUAAUUAGCAAAG